AUGGUUCGCUCCAGCCAGGUUGUGCGUGUGUCCGACUCGCUGCCACUCGCACAGAGUGUGGACGAGGACCAGAGCUCUGAACUCACCCAAUGCAAGCAGCAGGCCAAGAUCAUUUUCCGGAAGAUCACGCCGCAGUCCGAGACCCGCUGCAGUAUCGAUACCGGGGCCUUGUCGAUGCACUACCUCAUCCAGCCACCACCGAGUGAUCCUGCAUCGGUGGUGUACCUGACAAUCACCGACCGGUCGUAUCCUCGCAAGCUCGCGUUCUCGUACCUGGAUGAGCUGGCGCGUGAGUUUGGCCUGAGCUACGGGCGCCAGGUCGCGCAGCCGACCUUGCGGCCCUAUGCGUUUGUGGCCUUCGACACGUUCAUGCAGCGCACAAAGCGCCUCUAUGCAGAUUCACGCACGGCCGAGACGGCCGCAGGCUCGCACCUGGAUCGGCUCAACGAGGACUUGCAGGACGUGCAGAAGAUUAUGACGAAGAAUAUGGAGGAUUUGCUAUGGCGAGGCGACAGUUUGGACCGUGCGUAG